AUGUUCAAGGCAGCUCGCGACUCGACUCCAGAUUCUUCGCCACCCUGCUCCUCGAACACCUGUGGUGCUGCUGGUGAUGAAGCUUGUCCACCUCAAUCAAGUGGGACUUGGUUGACCAUCGAGCCACCUGGCGGUGCUGAGAUCCCGACUGUCAAUGUGGCUGCACUGCCCUCUGAGCGCGAAAGAUCGUACCUUGCGGCUGUGGGUGGUGUACCCAAGCAGUCCAGACAGCCACUUUCAGACCUAGCGACUUUUGAUUCGACUCCAUACGUUAGAAGACAACACAAUUCCAUCAACCGUAAACAAGCAUGGUUCACUGCAGGGCCGAAUCCCGUCACCGCCUGGUGGCACGAGUUUCUGCGCCCCGACGACAGAAAUAGCCGCCUCCGCACCCAUGGUAUUGACCGUAUCACUGGAUGUACUGUGGUCUUCAUCAUCUCCAGAAAGGGUAUCUGGACUGGUCAUAUCAAAGAAGACCCUGUUUUCGUUGAUCGUCAGCGGCUGCCCACGCCAGACAGAUUCAUUUUUGAGGCCUUUGUGUCACUCACGGGCUUACCAGUCGCAGGCAAUGAAGCCUUGAACCUUCGGGAUCUGGUCGGAGACGAAGUAAUACCAGGGCCCUUGCACCGCAUAUAUAGGCCACAGGUUAUUGUGUUAACGCCUUUUGCCCGGGGCAACGCAGCGCCCCUUAGAUAUCACGAACGAGCACACUUAUUAGCAGAGGAGUUUAGCUUCCUUGUUUAUCCAGACGGGCCUCCGAUGGACGAGGGACCCAUGAUUUCAGGAUAUGAAGUUGAAACUCGCAAUUCACGCAAAGGGGCACAGCGGGUGUUAUUUGAGCUUGCUGUCCGGGACCGAGAAAUGUGGCGUGUCGUUGAAUUCCAAGACCAACGACUGUGGAUCGGCCGUUGGCGGCUGUGGAUGCACGAUAAGCACGUAAUGGAGCCUUUCUUCUGGGAUGAGCAGGAUUGGCAUACGGCUAAGCGCUCACGACGAGAUCAACAUCCGAUUGGAGAUCAAACCGUGACCCGGGAAGACACGGCCAUGACCACGGUUGAGCUUAUAGAACGAUCCGGCGUUAGCAACCAAGUCUGCUUUGGCGGCCAGUUGGGCGACCCAUCCCACGGUCCUCCAGAUGAUGAAUAUGUCGUCGACCUUGCCCGCAAAUGCGAAGAGGAAAUCACCGCGAUUCUGCGUCCUGGACCGUGGGAGGAUUCCGGCGACUAA